AUGCUCAUUUUCUCAGUGUUUAAGACCUUGACUGAUCAGCGUGUCACCGUCGAGCUGAAGAAUGACCUCUCGAUCACUGGAACACUCAAGUCGGUUGACCAAUUCCUCAACAUUCGUCUCGAUGCUAUUGAGGUCUUGGACCAGGCGCGGCAUCCACACAUGAUGGCUGUUAAGAACUGCUUUAUCCGUGGCUCCGUAGUGCGUUAUGUGCAGUUACCCGCAGAACACGUGGACACGCAAUUGCUAGAGGAUGCGACGCGUAGAGAAGCGACGAACCCCGGGAAACGCUGA